GAGAGAGAGAGAAAGAGCGAGAGAGAGAGAGAGAGAGAGAGAGAGGGAAGCGGGGGGGAAGUCGGGGGACAGGGAGGGGGGCGCUCUGCUCUGCUCAGUGCAGGACGCAGGAGACAGUCGCUCUCCAAGGUGCUGAAAGUCGGAGCGCUCCCUCCUCAGUCUCGCCUACUGACUGUGAAUGCGACCUCUGGCGAAAACCGAAAAUCACGUAACGACCUGCUUCAACGCUUCAUGGUUUAUUUCUUCUUUUUUUACACUCCUAACUUCUAUCCAUCGGGAUUUUUUAUUUUUUAUUUUUCUUGCAAACCGCUGGAUGUACUGGCUACACACAUAUGUGCAACAAGACUGACUGCUGCUUUCUAACAUUCACCUGCAUCGUUGGGAAAUAUUGAAUUGACUCCGGAUUCUCAGGAAAACGCUACAGAGGGUUUUUUUCUUUCCUGGCUGUUUUUUUUUCUUCUCGCUCUCUGUUUCUCUCUCCGCACCGCAUGCCUCUGGACGUGAACUGUGAUAUUGUCUCAAAAAAGGUGAGUCCGAUGAGGAUAACCAUGAAGCAGACCUACUUUUACGUGGAUGUGGUUUUCUUUACGCUGGAAAAGGGGGAACCGUAUCUCCAAAAGGCUGGUGUUUAAUUGGUUUUAAGCCCAUCAUCACGACCGAGGGGGAGGAUUAUAGUAUCUCGUGGAGCCUGGUGAAUUUACCCUGUGGAUAAAGUGAAGUUUCCAAAAGGCUAAGCGACUACAUCCCUCUAUGUGUUGGGCUCUCUGGCUUCACACUAAGUGGAUAUCAAGCUUAUUUCAACGCGCCCAUUUCCUCAAGUGAUGAUGAUGAUGAUGAUGAUGAUGAUGAUAAUGAAGCGCAGGAUGGAUCCGGAGAGGAUACCGGGAGCCUAAGGAUGACAUCCACACAAUCUUGUUGAAUGAGGAUAUCGAUGCUGCGGCGAAGGAUGGGGCCUCUCCUGUCGCCCGCCUGCGUCCUCCUGCUGGCCCUGAGCACCGUGUCUCCGGCCACGGUGGGUAACCCCGAGGAUUACGCCGCGGACGAGGCGGAGCGGACCGCCAGUGAAAACAUCGUCUUCGAUGACUACCGGGGGAAAGGAUGCGUGGACGACAGUGGCUUCGUCUACAAACUGGGGGAGCGCUUCUACCCGGGACACUCGAACUGUCCGUGCGUGUGCACGGAGGACGGGCCUGUGUGCGACCAGCCCGAGUGCCCCAAACUGCAUCCCAAGUGCACCAAAGUGGAACACAAUGGAUGCUGCCCCGAGUGCAAGGAGGUUAAAAACUUUUGCGAGUACCGGGGGAAAACAUACAAAAUCCUGGAAGAAUUCAAGGUGUUUCACCUACAGGGUUCCCCAUCAGAUGAGGAAGGGACCAGCCCACCCAGCAAGGCUGCCGGCGUGCCUCUGGCCUCAGCGCAGCUACAAUCAAGAACCAGGAGAUAUAGGCCGUCACCCUGUGAAUGGUGCCGCUGCGAACCAAAUAAUGAGGUGCACUGUGUGGUGUCCGACUGCGCCGUCCCAGAGUGUGUCAACCCUGUGUACGAGCCGGAGCAGUGCUGCCCCAUCUGUAAAAACGGUCCAAAUUGCUUUGCUGGAACAACGAUCAUCCCAGCCGGAAUUGAAGUAAAGGUGGACGACUGCACCAUCUGCCGCUGCCACAACGGAGACUGGUGGAAGCCGGCGCAGUGCUUGCGGCGGGAGUGCCUCAACGGCCAGUCGUUGUCAUAGAGAGACUCCACCGGGGAUGGUGGAAAAGCUCAGGCAAGGCCCUGCCUACUGCACCAUUUUGUAUGAUUGACAGGGCAGGAGCACAAUUCCUAAGUUACCUGAGACAGCGUAGUAUCGAGGAGAUGCUCUCACAAGCUUCACACAAACACAAAUUUAGCCACUGAGAAGAAGACGGAACUUGUCUCAUGGCUGUUUCCACCCUCCAGUUUUAAUCGUCCUAUAUAUUUUCAGAAAUUGACUUGCUUGACUUGCUGCUCUCACACAAAAAGUUUCUAAGCUCCUGGAACUCUUUCCUAACCAGUGGCAAUAUUGAAUUGCUCAUGUUGAUUUCUGUAUGUAUGUCAUCUGCUUGUCUGUCUGUCACAAUCACGCAGGUGUUGUAAAAAAUCCAACAGCAGGAAAAACAAACCGUAAGCACACUUAACAGCGCUUUUUUUGUCAUAUGAGGUUUGACUCCAGUGAAAGCACUGCAAAGCUGUGUUUGAGUUUCACAAUUUCACUCUUAAGAGCUUGUUUACAAAAUGCACAUCACACAUAAACGUUUGUGUCUUCAUAAGACUUUUUAUCACUAUGGCGGGAAAUCACCUUUAACACUUAGAUGACGCUACUCUCAAUUUUAUAAACUGCUAUAAAACCCCAAGACAGAGAUUUUAUUGAUCAUCAUACCGUGGUUUUAAGUCACAUCUCUAUAUAAUAGCAGCACGGGCAAGGUAAGUUGGUACUGUAGAAUUAGCUUUAGGACAGGAAAGACGGCAGGCAGCAACCAAGACAAGUAGUUUUUCAACCACUUAUAGGGGUAAAUGUAAAAUUCUGCAACACUGAAUCAAAACUGCAACUUCGUGCAGCCCCUUCCGGCUUAAUUGUCGUUAUUGUUUUCUCUCAAAGGUCCAUAUCCUCCAAAAUAUUCCCACUAACUAACUGCUUGAACUUGUUAUCAAAGCAAUUAGCGAGCCAAGAGCAGCCUGCUUUAAUUUCCCUUAAUCAAGAAGUAUUCUGUGAUAAAUCCUCCAGCUGGGUGCUUGGCGCUGCUACAGCCUGCAUGCUGGGCACAGUCAACAAGAACAGGCAAACAAAAGGGGGGAAUUUGCACAUGUCUUAAUGCUUUUAAGUAGCAUUCACAUGCACAUUGUCCACGUGAACAUACGCAAGCACCCCAUUCAUCCACAAUCUCACAGGCACAUUAUGUUGGUCUGCACCCAGUGAAGCAUUUACACCCAUAAGUCUUGUUAAGAUACAAAGCGGUUACAUUAUCCCACUGCUAUAGAUUAUCUAAUCAGUUUUCUGUUCCUCCCCUCCGUGAUAUGUAAGAAAAGCUCAUCUUGUGUGGUGUGGCUUAAGGCCAGGGCUAUAAGAUGGAGGCAAGUUAAUGUAUUGUUUCAGUAUUUUACCAGACCACAGUGCUCCUCAAGUGGUUCAGUCGGAAAGAAAAGGCACCCAACCAAGGUCUAAAACAUGAUGUUUUUGAGAUGAUAAAUACCAGUCAUUAAUUCAAAGGUGAAUUCAAGUAAGCCCAUGCCAUUCAUCACUAGAAUUUAUUCGAUUUCUAGAAAAUCCGUUGCUGUUAACCUUUUAGACCCUAUUUCUGGGUGGUGAUGGAUGGGCUGCUUAAUAGCAGCUCCCGGCACUCUGUAAUGAGACAGAAAUGAGCAUAGGAUAAAGACCGAUGACUAAAGACCUAUAUUACCUUAAAAAGGCAUUAAAACUAAUUUUUGGAAGAAUCCCACACUCCACAAAUUCUGCUGCAUGGUCUUAAACUGCAGCACCUGGGUGGUGGAGGAAUCGUAGAAGUGAAAGAAUGUGGGUGGAGUCCAAUCUUAGGUGCAACAAUGGAGCCCGAGUCAUUUUCAUCAUUUAGCUACAGUGAUUUAGUGUCUUUCAGUGUGAAAAGACAGACCUCAUCUAUCUGGCUUGAGGUCUGCAGACUCAUAAAACCAAACUGACAUCUAUGGUUUAUCAAUCACAGCCUCACUGCUCCAGACAUUUUGGGAUAAAUAAAGGAGCUUCAUUCAUCUUAAUUACUUUAAAUGUCACAUAAUUAUUCAGCCUAUACAUGUAUCCCCCAAAACAUAUUGGAAUUACUUUACUGGGUAGCAUUAGAGAAAAGAGUGAAGUCAGAGUGCCAGGUGACAGGGCUCAGAGGCAUUGCUGCCACCACUGAUGCCUUAUUGCUACUGUUGCAGAUAAAAUUCACAAAGCAUGGCCUUUGGCUUCAUGCUGCAUGGACAGCCCAGACUGCUUUAAGUGCAACCUUGUUUGCACUCCUCUGUGCAAUGGUUUCCUGUCAUGUAUUUACUAAACUUAGCCAUUGUGUUACAUUCCAGUAACAGCCAGCAGGGUGAGGAGUACGAGGACAAGGACAGUUCAAUCACAGCUACAAAUAUGGAUUUGAAUUCACAGAUAAAAAGAUUUUUUUGAUAUAAAUAAAUGGAGAAGCAGCAAAAAUGGCAGAUAGAGAUAACCUAGCAACUUGAUCUUUGUGACACUGAAACUCAUUGUCCUGUAUAAUAGUUGUGAUACAGCUUUUGUGGUACACUUCAUUUGGUGAGCUAACUUGGGGGAGCCAUGGCUGCUCAUCUCCUUAAUUUUAUAAGCUGCUUUCAUCAACUGGAUAUGAAGGUAGGAGUGAAGGAGUUGAGGUGGUAGGUGUCAACAGAAAGUCAAACCAUCCAGACCAAGAUCAUGUUCAACCAAGCUGAGCUGUGAUUCAGACUGUUAGUGGGAAGAAAAAAAAAAACAAAAAAAAACAGCUGUAAUUACCUUUAUUGCUCUCAUUGAGAAUUAAAGAGGAUCAGUCUAGAUCCAUAUGGAUUAACAAACAAUAGAUGCCUAUGUGUGUCACAUGAGAGAAUAGGCUGUAUUUUAAAAACACAAGAGGUGUUUAAGUGGCACACAUGCAUAUAUGCUUCUCAGAGAGAGACUCUGCCUGGGCAAACCAGGGGAAAUUACAUUUCCUCUUGCAAAUACAUGAAGCUGGACAGUUUCAAGGACAAAUCAGCAGCACAGUUUGUCUUUGUUCAUUGUCUGCCAAGAAACUUGAGUCUUUAUGUCUGUCUGUGAAUGUCUAUUCAGAUGACCCCAUCUGUGCCGUCAUCAUUCAAACCGCAGGCUUGUACAUGGGCAUUUUGUAAAGGUAAACCACUCGUUCUUUCCACGAGACACCGACUUACUGUAGCUGGAAACUAUGAAAGAUUGUUUUUUUUCCCUCCCUUAUGUUUUUUUUUCAACAACAAAACUGUUACAUAAAGUGUGCCUGAAAACCAACACAGUACUAUCUGGAAUAGGAAGAGAGAAACCCUGUUAUUAUACAAUCAGUUGUAUUAGUUUCUGGGGCACCAAGGGUCUGUUCAUGCGGCACUAAAAUGUGUUGUAGUAUCAUUUCUAUAACAAAUUUGAAAUUUUUAAAAUGAAAAGCAUCUUUGAUUGUAUAUGAAUACAUGCUCGCACAGCUUGACCCUAAACUGUUCAAGAGGCAAAGGGUCCAAAUUUCAAAAGUUAUACAACCCUUGGUGCUCCCCAUGUUGUCCAUAUGUAAAUAUGCUCAAACAUAUAAUGUGUAUUCUGAAAUUUGAGGUGGAGUAAAAAAAAAAAAAAAAAAAAAAAAAAAAAAA